UGCCGGAAAUUACGUCAAUGUUGUUUUUCUGGCUGUACCUACCUAGCUACAGUAACGUUAGCUAGAUAAUUUAUUAGUUAGUCAGAAAGGCGUAACUUUGUGUAACUGUAGCUUUUUGAUAGCAAAUAAUCCCCAUAUACCGUGCAGAUGGCAGACCCUGCGGUGAUGGCGGGUGGAUUCAGUGCUGUAGUAGGGCGUUCAGGGGGUGGUAAAGCUACGUCCAGUCCGGCAGAGAACUACCAGCUUGCCCGGCGUCGCACCCUCCAAGUGGUGGUGAGCUCGCUGCUGACAGAGUGUGGGUUCGAAAGCGCAGAGAAGGCGGCCGUGGAAUCACUCACUGAGAUGAUCCAGAGCUACAUAUCUGAAGUGGGACGUUGUGCCAAGGCGUACUGUGAACACACAGCCAGAAUCACGCCCACCCUUUCUGACACUGUGGUCACACUCAUUGAAAUGGGUUUCAAUGUGAACACUUUGCCAGUGUAUGCCAAGAGAUCACAGAGGAUGGUUAUAACUGCCCCUCCAGUAACAAAUGCUCCUGUGAUCCCGAAGGCCUUGAUCGCUGGACAGAAACGCACUCAUCCCUCCCACAUACCCAGCCACUUCCCUGAGUUCCCUGAUCCCCACACCUACAUCAAAACUCCAACGUUUCGGGAGCCUGUGUCAGAUUACCAGGUGGUGCGAGAGAAGGCAGCCUCUCAGAGGAGAGACGUGGAGCGAGCUCUCACACGCUUCAUGGCCAAGACCGGAGAAACACAGAGCCUUUUCAAGGAUGACAUCACUGCCUUUCCUUUGAUCGCAGCGCGGCCCAGCUCCAUCCCGUAUCUCAGUGCCCUACUGCCUUCAGAACUGGAGCUGCAGACUUUGGAGGAGACGGACUCCUCUGAACAGGAUGACCAGACCGACAGCGAGAACACGCCAGGCAACAACCUCAAUGAUGAUCCUGGAGCUGAUAAGGAGAAUUCCAUGCUGCCCCCUGGGGGUGUGGUUCCCUCAGUGAAGGCCAGUGAAGAAAACAUGAUUGACAAUCCAUACCUGAGGCCGGUCAAGAAACCCAAAGUGAGGAGGAAGAAGUGAACGUUUACUACACUUAGCUACUAAUUCGGACUUCUAUCUGUCAGACACAACAAAGGGUCAAUUGUAAGAAGCAGUUAACGGUUCUGUGCCUCUGUGAGAAGUGGACCCACGUGGACAUCUGGAGUGAGGGACUCUCACCUGAACUUUCUACAGGGCAAAUACUGCUCAAUAUGACUUUCUUCACUAGUUACAUUCAUGAGAAAACAAACAUUUUGCUAUUCAUUUUUUUUCCUUCAGAUUUGUGGAGUGGUUCUGUCGUGAAAGAAAAUAUGUAACAUUUCCAAAUUAUGAGUUCAGUCAUUGAUAAAUAAUGAGUAGGAAAUCAAUGUUUUGAUUUGUAUUUUAACAUGAAAACCUUUAAUUUACCCAAAUGAUACAUUUUAGCCAAUCACCAAAUACACAAGGACAAAAAUCCGGCAACUUUGUCUACUUUGUAUACCUGGAGAGAAUGGUGAAUAUCUAGAUUAAAGCGGAUAUAUAAAAACACUUUAUUUAUGCUUGUAUCAGGUUGACCCCCUGCAGAGUCAGGAGUACAACAACUGUAGAUAUGUCCUUUGCUUGGCAAAGUCCUUGUCACAAAGCAGCUAUGUAAGACAAACAUGCAAUGGCAUUAGAUGUUAUUGCUGAAGAUACAUUUACAAGAAUCUCUGUAUUACUUUGUAUAGUAAUGCAAAGUAAAAUAACACACCUCUGUCCUCAAGGCUUUCCUCUUGAGUCGGGGGCAGUCUACCCCAGUCUGAGGAGCCAAAGUUCAUAGGCCAAAACACCUUCCGGCUCUGAGUAGUAUCAUGAGCAUAUGCCCCGGGGCUGCAUCAUGAAAAACAGCUGUUAGUGGUCAAUCUAUUUGAAGGUUGAUACAUGCAAUGCAUUUAUACAAUAGAUAAUCAGUGUUUUCCUAUCAUGGACAGUUUGGAGAGUGCCAUUGCCAAUAACCACACACUCACCCUGGGUUGGAGUCAGCUGUAACAGGCUUGGUCCUGAACCUAUUUGUGGUGUAGUUGAAGGGGGUUCUGCCAAGAGGGUACUUUACACCAGGUUCUGUCCUGCUGAUACUUCCGAGGGGAAGGAGUGAUUAUCUGGGUGGUGGGAAGAAAACACAUAAGGGUAUUCAGAGACCUGAAAAUGUACGGAAAGUAGAGGUUACAAUCUGCAUCACUCUCAGGUCUCUUCUGUACAUCAUACAGAAUGGUAGCAACUUGAUGGGACAAUGACCAACAUGAAACGCUUCACAAUAAAAUGUAUUUUGUAUUAUUUUAA